GGUGGCGACGAUUCUAUCAUAAGUUAGGUUAUAUCGUAUGCAUCAAAAUCAUACAAUUAUUUAUAAGCUAGUUUUUUAAGGAAAAAACACUUAAAUUUAGUGAAUUUGCAGUGCGAAAUCUUUAAAAAAUCACAGACGAACACUUGGCACAAACGAAAGUUACGUGUAAACGUCGUGGCUUUUGUUUAGUUAUUUUGAAGGAGAGAAGAACUUUGGCAACUUUUGAAAUCAAUCCAAAAUAUAACAGCAACGCAACCAGCAACUAUAACAGUGUAAAAAGUUAAGAAAAAAGUGCAAGAAGACCCAAGCGAGAAGACAUUUUAUUUCUUAUACACCCGUGUGAAUAAAACAGCAGCAAAAUUACGUCAAUUAUUGAAAACCUACCCGGCGCAAUAGCUCACAAUCACCAGAACAACAUCAUGGAAGAGGACGAGAGGGGCAAACUGUUUGUGGGUGGACUAUCGUGGGAGACAACGCAGGAGAAUCUGUCGCGUUACUUCUGCCGCUUCGGCGACAUCAUCGAUUGUGUCGUGAUGAAGAACAACGAGAGCGGCAGGUCGCGUGGCUUCGGUUUCGUCACCUUUGCCGAUCCAACCAAUGUAAACCAUGUGCUGCAGAACGGUCCGCACACGCUCGAUGGCCGUACCAUCGAUCCGAAGCCAUGCAACCCACGCACGCUUCAAAAGCCGAAGAAAGGCGGCGGCUACAAGGUGUUCCUCGGCGGUCUCCCAUCGAACGUAACGGAAACCGAUCUGCGUACCUUUUUUGGUCGGUACGGCAAAGUGACCGAAGUAGUUAUCAUGUAUGAUCAGGAGAAGAAGAAAUCCCGUGGUUUCGGAUUCCUGUCCUUUGAAGAAGAGUCGUCGGUUGAGCAUGUGACCAAUGAGCGGUACAUCAAUCUGAACGGCAAGCAGGUGGAGAUCAAGAAGGCCGAGCCCCGUGACGGAUCUGGCGGACAGAAUUCGAACAACAGCACGGUGGGUGGUGCCUAUGGCAAGAUGAACAGCGAGUGCAGCCACUGGGGACCCCAUCAUGCCCCAAUGAACAUGAUCCAGGGCCAAAACGGUCAGAUGGGUGGUCCGCCACUGAAUAUGCCGAUCGGUGCGCCGAACAUGAUGCCCGGCUAUCAGGGCUGGGGCACCUCGCCUCAACAGCAGGGCUAUGGUUAUGGCAACAGCGGUCCAGGAUCGUACCAAGGCUGGGGCGCACCACCUGGCCCCCAGGGACCACCUCCACAGUGGUCCAACUAUGCUGGACCCCAGCAGACCCAGGGAUACGGUGGCUACGAUAUGUACAACUCGACAUCGACGGGCGCUCCUUCCGGGCCGUCUGGCGGUGGCAGCUGGAACUCGUGGAAUAUGCCACCCAAUUCGGCUGGACCCACUGGAGCACCUGGAGCUGGGGCGGGUACCGCCACGGACAUGUACUCGCGUGCCCAGGCCUGGGCUGCGGGCGGUCCAUCAACCACUGGACCUGUGGGCGGUAUGCCGCGCACUGGACCCGGCAACUCGGCCUCAAAGUCGGGCUCCGAGUACGAUUAUGGCGGCUAUGGCUCUGGCUAUGACUACGACUAUAGCAAUUAUGUUAAGCAGGAGGGCGCAUCCAACUAUGGUGCCGGCCCUAGGUCAGCGUAUGGCAACGACAGCUCCACACAGCCGCCGUACGCAGCCUCUCAGGCUGUUUAAGGCGAUGGAGGAUCAUGUUGUCGUGUCGCCGUCGUCGUAGUCGUCCUCGUCGUCGGUGAAUGAUGAAGAAGACAAAAAAGAUGGUGGUAAUUGUAAGCUAAAGCGUCGUCUGUUCGUUUUUAUUUCAGAUCAGAUCAGUUGUUGAAAUUAAUAUUUAACUCGUGUACAACCCUAAUUUAAAGCAAACACACACAAAUUUAACACCAGAGAAUACCUAGCGACAAGUCAGAUUCAUAGAUAUAUAUAUAUAUACAUGUAUGUUCUAUAGCAAUGAGUAUGUAAUAAUUCAUAGGCAACAACAAACAACACCAACACUCAACGAAACACACCAAACCAUACCACAACAUUUCUCAUGCGCCUCCCCCCCAAAAAAAAAAAACUCACUCACACACCAAAACCACACCACAAAACGUACUGUAUAAUCCUACUGUAUCCUAAGCCAACAUUUACCUAACCAUCCAACCAAUCAACCAAGAAAACAGAAACCUAGAAGAACUAACAACCCAGAGCCCGUAGGUACCGAUUACACAUGGCAUUAACAGAAUAUAGAAAUGUGAAGAAUUAAACGUAAUGAUUUACAAGUAUAAAGUUUAGCUAAUUAGACACAAGAGAUCAUGGAUGAAAAGUGUGCGAAAUACCAACAAAGGAAAAUAAGAACAUAUAAUUUUAUUUAAAGCGUAAACAAGUAAAGAGAUCCCCUUUAUUACUAAAAUUAGUAAAUACAAAUUCGAAAUUGUACAUUUUAAUGCAAAAGCCAGUCGGCCAGCCACCGGUCUCGUCACAGCCCAUCCUCACACACCAGAAAUAUCCUAUCCCCAUCACUCGACAAGGCGACAAGGUGUAGUCCCAAUGGGGGGGAAGUUUGAAAAGGAAUAUAGAGACGACACCACUGACAUUCCGAGAACUCUCUCUUGUUUGGGGCUUGCCUUAGCCUUAGGCCAUGACUAAUUCUUUUUGAAAAUUGUGUUAUUGCUUGAUUAAUCGCUUGGUGGGUGGAUAGAGAGAGGAAUACGCGGGUGGAUAAGGUCGAAGGCUGGAACGACACGAGAAAGAUACGUUACAAAAUUAAAAAUUUACCAUUUAAAGUAAACAAAACAAAAACUAGCUAAAAGUUAAACUACAUAUAUAAAGAAACCUAAUUGAUAAGCGUAUGUCGUCGUUUACAUCUAAGCGAAAGUUGAACUUGAAACUAGAAUUAUAUAGUGCGUUGGAUUUAUUAUUUAGUUAAAGAGAAAGUGAAAUAAUGCUACCGAUACUGAGAAGGCAGGCGGAAAGUUAGCAGAAGUAAAAUGCUUAAUGGAUAAUGAGAUAUGAGAAAACGUAAACCACAAAAAAUACGAAACACACUCUUAACAAAUAUACAUAAAAACUAUAUACAUGCAUACUUAUAUAUAACGAGUAUAUACACAAAAGAAACGAGAAAAAGAGUAAAAAAAAGAGCAAAAGGAAACGUAAAUUUAAACCUACAGUUAAUGAUAAUAAAAGAGGGAAGUAAGCAGGGAGGCAAAGAGUAAUAAGGAUUGAGGACAAAAGUUACAAAAAGAGAGGAAGAGAGAUAGAGAUAAAAACGAUGCUUGGAGUUGCGUUGCACAUUUUUUUCAAAUUUUCAUCGUUUGCCAAGCAGACAAGAACAACAACAGCCGCCGGAAGAGAAGAACAUCAUCUAACGACAACCAGAAAGAAGGUGGGAGGAUAAAGUGUGUGUGGAGGCACUCUACAAACAACACCGCCUAAAGAAGAACAACAUGCGCAACACCCACCAUUCACUUAAACAACAACUGAAAACCACACUAGCGAGGCAGAGACAAUGGAAA